GCGGUGCAUACCAGGAGGUGUGGCGACGGGGGCGGUGGAGAAUGCGGUGGGAGGUCGCUGACAAUGGCGGCGGUGAGUGGUUCGUUGCCGGAGCUCUCGGAAAACUUUAACGGUUCCCUGUGCCGGAAAUGUUCUGGUUUGGAGCGCGCGGCUGCUGCCGCUAAGUGGGUCCGUCUGAAUGUCGGCGGCACCCGGUUCCUGAGCACCCGCCAGACUCUCUGCCGCGACCCCAAGUCAUUCCUAUAUCGACUGUGCCAAGCCGACCCCGACCUGGAUUCUGACAAGGAUGAGACUGGUGCCUAUCUAAUUGACCGAGAUCCUACCUACUUUGGACCUGUGCUUAAUUACCUGCGACAUGGGAAACUGGUUAUUAAUAAAGAUUUAGCAGAGGAAGGUGUGCUGGAGGAAGCAGAAUUUUACAACAUUACAUCACUAAUAAAGUUAGUGAAAGACAGAAUAAGAGAGAGAGACACCAAAACAUCACAGAUUCCAAUGAAGCAUGUGUAUCGAGUAUUGCAGUGCCAGGAAGAGGAGCUCACCCAGAUGGUGUCUACAAUGUCUGAUGGAUGGAGGUUUGAACAGCUGGUCAGUAUAGGUUCCCCGUAUGGCUAUGGGCGGGAUCAUCAGUCAGAGUUUCUGCUGAUUGUGUCGCGGGAAGUGAAGGGGGAGGAGACCAGUUUCCACAACAGCACCAGCGAGUUAGUCAGUAUUGGCUCUUCCUAUAACUAUGGAAAUGAAGACCAGGCUGAAUUUCUUUGUGUUGUCUCCAGGGAGUUGCAUAAUGCUCCAUAUGGCACAAACACGGAACCCAGCGAAAAAGCCAAGGUGAGUGAAAUUGUACAAAUUAACCCUCAUUUAUGGACUGAAAGCGCUUGUUUUCUGUGGUUCUGAUCUCUGGCAUUAAUCCAGCACAACGUAUCAUGA